GUCUCGUCCUUGGGUCUUCGAAGCAUUCGUAUCGACUUUGGGUACUUCCGUACCUCUUUCCUAAAACGAGACCAUCGGAAACCGUACGUUGCCAAGAUCGAGGAUUAUAGAAAGAUGGCGGAGCAGGUGGAGAGCGCUUUGCAGGCGUACAAUGGAAACCAGCCAGGAGAUCCGAAGAAGGGCGUACAAGUAAUGUUGGACGUUGUUCGUGGGGAGGGUGUUACGCGAGGGAAAGAGUUCCCAAAAUCAUUGGUAUUGGGGUCGGGCUGUUUCGAGAGCGCGCAGGAUCAGAUACAAGGAUAUCUGAAGCUUCACGCAGAAUAG